AUGGCUUGGUGUAGAGCCUUACUCCCUGCCAGGUCGUGGUGGCAGAAGCUCCUGUGGCGUAACAGCACCAAUAAGGAUGGAGAGAAUGGAAACGACCGGGCUCCAUCGAUCGAUCGGACGCCUUUUUUCGAAGAAAGGACAAUUACCGCAAAGUACAUCAACGGUCAAAAAGUCAUGGAGCAUAUCGUCGUGAAGACCAAGCAUAUUGAUGACCGAGGACACACCUGUGUCAGUAACCGUGAUUCGAACAGCAUUGCGGAAACCAGACAUUCUGGACUUAGCUCUAUCAGCAUUUCCGAUCAAAGUACAAUUGCGGAGGAUGCGAAGGCCCUGGAUGAACCUGAACUCUUUGUUGUUCGCUCGCCAUAG